GCCAGUGGUCUUCUCUACGUCUCAGAAUUGAUAGAAGAACAUUCGCGACUCGCCAAAUUGGUCGGUCAGCGGGGAAUAUACGUCGUCAUUUCCCUCCACGUUCUGCUUUACUUUACCGAUUCUUUGCCCCCCCUCCAAACUAUAUUCUCCAUCGCCUGCCAUGUUGUCUACCUCCAAAACUUCUCUCACACCUGGCCCUUAAUCUCCCUCACUUCGCCCUCCUUUCUGGCCUCUUGUGUUCUCGUGAUUGCGGAUCAUUUUAUAUGGUUCUUUCACUUUGCACGCAUUACGAACGAAGCACGACAUCUCAGAACAUACCGCGGCCUGACCGUUGACGUCCCAAGCUUCAUUGAAAUUGCAUCGUUUUUUGGGUUAUGCGUUUGGCUCGCGCCUCUGUUUCUUUUUCUUAGUCUUAGUGCGAACGACAAUGCACUUCCUAUGUCUGCCUGUAAGUGA